AUGUUAUUCGAAUCAAUGAAUAUUAAUACUUUUGAUCGUCUUCAAACUGAUACAGAUCGAAUAUGGAAAUUUCAACGAUAUUCAUUAAUAUGCGAAUAUUUAUCUCGACCAUCAAUACCACCUCCAUUUAUUCUUUUUUCACAUCUUUGGCGAUUUGCAUUAUAUACUUUAACGUCAUGUUGUAAAUCAUCAUGGCUUAGAGAAACAUAUAUUCAACAUACAAGUCGAAAUAAAUAUGAAAUUAUGCUUGAUGAAAAAUCUGCUUGUAAUAUUGAAAUAGCUGAAGAUGCACUUGGUGAUGAAAUUUAUUAUAAUUAUAUAAAAAUUGGUAGAAAACUAGCAGAAGAACAGGAUCUUGAUGAAGAACGAAUUCAUUCACCACAAGAAACAACGUUAAGUAAAAUGAGAUUAAUUGAAAAUCGAGUACAAAUAAUCAGAAAUCAAGUAAUAUUUUUCAUUAUUCCUUGUCUUAUAUUAAAAUAUAUAUAUGUU